AUGAAGAGCCCAUCCACCGCAACUAUGGCCGAGACUCCAACGCAAAGCGAGUGCGUUAAGCACAGCGCAUCGAAAGCGCAAGUCAACUCCAGCGACUCGCACCUUAUGAGUUUACCGCCAGAGCUCCGGGAAGCUAUCUUCAAACUUGUGGUCACAACCGACGAUGGCCAGGUUCCGGUGGACUCUCUCUGGCUAUGUUCGACCAAAUCUCCCGAGUGUCAACAAGCAAAAUCCGCGCCGAAGCGCGCAAACUCUUGUCUACUCUACACACUGGGUGCUAAGAUCAUGUCGGAUACGUCGCGCCCGCCCUUGCCUAAAGACGAAGAUGUCCUCCAUUACCUCUCCAUCCUAGAGACGAGAGCCCUACCGCUCUUUCCAUCCACGCCUACAAUAACUCCGACCCACCUCGCCCUUACGCAUCUCCUCCACAAGCACCGUUUUCGCUGUCCCUGCUGCCACGGCAAACGCCAUCGCCACCACGAAGUCGUUCCGCUAUUCUCCCGAGCCCUCAACGCCACGGUCAAGUUGACCCUCGUUCGCGUAAGGGUCAUGUCCCAACGCCGACUCCUGACCUACCUCCGCCCUAUGGCAGGGGACUGGAUGUGCCGCAAAUGCUUCUUGUCCAAGAAUAUUACGAGCACCGCGAAGGAUCGCAUCGCCCGGGACUGGGUGCGCGAGCUCCGCCACGUGGCCGCCAUGCUGGCCCGCCGGGACCAUCUCGCGACCGGCCAGCUCCGCCCCCAACAACCUCCCUCUAUCGACAUCACCCGAACCCUACCCCUAAUCUCGACGGCGUUGGUGGAGGCGGAGUACGCGAGGGCGUUGGUGGAUGAGCCGGAAGCAAUGGAGGAGGACGAGGAUGACGAAGAGGAUAACAAGGAGAAUGAGGAGCUCCGGGCUCGCCAGACCCGUGAUGCACCUCCCAUUCGCUUGAGUCUGACGCCCGGUGUAAGCCAAUGUCACUUGCCCGACUAUGGUAUCGGUCAUGCGCAGCACGCUCUUGAAGCAGCACGCUCUUCCCGGCCAAGACUGGUCAACAGCGGUAUUGAUCAUCUCAUCAUGCUCGUCUCGUCUCAACCCUACCCCACGUUGGACAACAAAUACAUCGGCCAAGUCAAGUUGGAGUGUCGCAUCUUCCCCGCGGCUACCGAGACCAAGGCCGUCAGACCGCCACCACCGCCACCGCCACCACCACAACACUACCUCCUCCAUCCGCCGACAUCUCCGCCGAGGAAGAAGCAGCUGUGCCCCGCUCCGCCGACGAGGACACCGACCAAGACUCGUCUAGCGAAUCCGAAGUCGAACCCCAUUUCCCUCCCUUCCAACGAGCAUUGGUUUAUCGAAUGCGCCCCUUUCGGAAAUCUCCACGGCCAAACUCACCGCCAACGUCGCCUACGACACGUCUCACAUCAUCGCCGGUGUGAUGGCCAAAGUCCAAAUCGCCUUUGCGGCUGCGAGGGCUGGAAGGCCUCGAACUCGAUCGGAAACAUCGCCGCUCUAACCCCAACCCUGCUCAACCACCUCCACGACCAGCUCCCACUACGAGGGAGUGGAUCCUUGGACGAAGCCAAUUGCAAAGGCAACCUUCUCCGGUGGAUUCGGCGCAACCUGUCGGAGUACGACACGGGCUAUGGAGCGAGGUUUGGCGCCGCAAAGUUGAUUGCCCAGAGUAUGAUUGAGCGUGAGGAUCUGGUCCCGACGACGACUGAGAAGGAGACGCCGGGAGGAGGAGGAGGAGGAGGGGGUUGCGAUGGUUUCAUCGUCAUCGCCGGCGCCGCCUCCUCGCAGCGGGGUGCGACUGACGACGUGGCCAUGGUAGAUGCGUAUUCGAGCCGCGAGUCGCCGAGCACCAUCAGCCGCGGAGAUGGAAACAAGGUCCGGGUCAAAUUGGAGGAAAAGAACAAUGAGAGCGAUGUCGUCGUCGACGAGAACAUCCUCGCCUGGAAUUAUAACAUCCUUGACCUCUCCAGAUCAAGCGCCGAGAAGAAGAAGAUGAAGCGGAAAGCGACCCGCACAACGAGACAGCAUGAGCCCACCGACGACCAGGACGUCCAUCUCGUUUCGCAGCACAGCCGCGUCUCCACGGUGCCGCUUCAAGCAGCAGCAGCAGCAGCCGCCGCCGCCGCUUCCACGUCCAAGCCCGGAGCCAUCUUCAAGACCGCAGGAGAUCGCCACAUUCCUGACAUCAACCCCACCACCACCCCCGAAUGGUCCUCCUCCAGCAAGGCGAAGAUGGUGUCCAGGGGCCCAUCGUCCCGCUUCGAUCGCCCGCUGCCCCGUCCUCCUUAUCCUGCCGCCAAGCAGGCCGUCUCUCUGACCCAGCAAGCCCUCCACCAGAUCUUCACUUCCGCCGAGAUGAUUUUCGCCCGCGGGGCCUACCCAUCCUGUCUCGUCGAGGUCUCGCGAGCGAUGACGUUGGUAUGUACGGUGAUCGAGGCGGACCGCACGACUGGCCAAUCCGAGGCGCUGCAUGAGCAGGGCGUGCAUGACAGGGCUGCGGAAGUGGAAGGGGAAGUGGAAGUGGACGUGAAAGCGAGACUGGGGGACUAUGUUGGCGGAGAAGGAGGCCGCGGUAAGGAGGUAGCGGACUGGGGUGGUUCUCGAGGGGUAGAGGUGGAGAGCAAUUGUCAAGAAGGAUGGGGGGAGGCCGAGGAUGAUGAUGAUGAUGAUGAUGAUGAUGAUAAGGAGGAGGAGGAGGAGGAGGAGGAGGAGGAGGACGAUGAUGAGGUGUCGUGCGAGGGUGGGGACGAUGAAGGAGAGUGGGAGGAUGAGGAUUGA